GAGCUUCUGGCUCCAGCAAAGAGAAAACAGCGCACACAUUGUUACGGGCUACGUACUAUAAUUCCGAGCUUGCCCACAGCCCUGAUAGGCUACUUUGUUGCUGUGAACGCUAAACACCACUAAGCACACGCUAAUCCGUGGUCGGUCCUUAAUCUCCUGCAGACAACAGUGUCCUCGCUGCGGACUUCGCCAAAGUGGCUCUAUACGCGCAGUUCUCGCACCGCUGUGGGUUUUGCGUAAAAAAAGGCGCCGUGCCCAUGGCAGACUUGGCUGCCUCUGCCCCCCCUCUGCCUCUCCUCCCGGUGGGCUCAGCGAUACUUCAUGGUGUUUGUGCCAUCUAGGGUUAUCCGCCGCUCCAUUGCAGUCUUUCUAGCUCAGAGACUUCGCAUCUCUCCAUCUGCUCGCUCUUGGACAACCGAAUAACUCCUCAUCGCCGAAAACAAACACCGAAGUUUUCUCGUGGAUGCUCUACUUUCGCCUUGUAUAUACAAAGAAAACACCGCUUGGAUAAGGGUCGAGGAGCCAAAGAGAGGCAAACAAUUCCAAGGACAUGCACACAAGUAACUACUGCACCGCGGGGGCACAACAGAAAAGCGCCUGUGCCAUGUAGCAGCACACUCGCGUUGGAAAUCUACAGACGGAGCCCACACAGCAGCGAGCUAGUUAUUUUCUACUUGAAGGGGGAAACUACAAGAAAAUGCUGUGAAGCUCUGUGUCGCAGCUUGGCUCCCGGCAAAAAGCGCAGUUUUUUUUUCCAGAGCUGGUGAAAGAAGAAAAAAAUUGUCAAGUGCGAGAGAAGAAGCGAUAUGCGGCUGGGCGGGCAGUUGGUUGUGCAGUUCGUCUUCUGGAAUUAGUGGAUGAAUGGGAAGGGAGCGGCUGUAGACUCGAACCGGGGAGACACAAUAUAAAGCCCGCGGUGACACAUAAUGGAUACUUGUCCGCUAGUACAGGUGAAGGAGUGAACAGAUGAGGUGGAGGACUUCUUCCUCAGCACGCACACAGACAUCACCUCGCAACGUUCAUCCGUGGGAGGAGGAGAAAGGCUUGGGAUUGUUUGUUGCUCACAGGAGGAAUUCAAGGUGAGCUGAUAGACCCAGCAGAGACUAAUGUGAACAAGAACUUCAAAGAAGAGGUGUUGUGUGAAUCAGACCCCAUCUUCUUGACAUGAAUCAAUAUGUGUCUGGAUACCUGACCUGACAAACAACACAUCCUGUCACUAACCUGAUUGUCCAUCUUGCUAUCUGGGUGUGAAUGUGUGGCCUUAAGGCAUUUCCGAGGGACCAUAUGGCACAGUACCACAUGAUAUAGGUCCUCUUUGUAUGAACUAACAUGGACAAAGUGGUCAUCAGUCUCCUGUUUCUGGGAACCGCAGUUACGAUGGUCCAUGCAUGUCCCAAAUACUGUGUCUGCCAGAACCUCUCAGAGUCUCUGGGAACUCUGUGCCCCUCCAAAGGCCUGCUCUUUGUGCCACCGGACAUCGACCGGCGAACUGUGGAGCUGCGGCUGGGUGGCAACUUCAUCCUCAAGGUCACCACACAGGACUUUGUCAACAUGACAGGUCUGGUGGAUCUCACUUUGUCCCGCAACACCAUUAGCGCCAUCCAGCCUUUCUCGUUCAUCGACCUGGAGACCUUGAGAUCCCUGCACCUGGACAGUAACCGGUUGACUGAACUGGGACCUGAUGACCUCCGAGGACUGGUCAACCUGCAGCACCUGAUCCUCAACAACAAUCAGCUGAGUCGCAUCUCUAAAGCAGCCUUUGAUGACUUGUUACUGACACUGGAAGAUCUGGAUUUGUCAUAUAACAAUUUGCGCAGUGUGCCUUGGGAAGCCAUCCGCAAGAUGGUCAGUCUCCAUCAGAUGAGUCUGGACCAUAACCUCAUUUCCUUCAUUGCUGAGGGGACUUUUACAGAUCUGGAUAAACUGGCUCGCUUGGACCUCACCUCCAACCGUCUCCAGAAGCUCCCCCCAGACCCCAUCUUUGCACGCUCUCAGAGCAGUGUGGUGAUGAGCACUCCUUAUGCACCUCCCCUGUCUCUAAGCUUUGGUGGAAACCCAUUGCACUGCAACUGUGAAGUGCUUUGGCUACGAAGGCUGGAGCGUGAGGAUGACAUGGAAACCUGUGCUUCUCCUGCCAGUCUAAAGGGUCGCUACUUUUGGUCUGUGCGUGAGGAGGAGUUUGUUUGUGAGCCCCCUUUGAUUACACAACAUACUCACAAGUUGCUAGUGCUGGAGGGGCAGACUGCCAGCUUGCGCUGCAAAGCUGUUGGUGAUCCGAUGCCAACGGUGCACUGGGUUGCUCCCGAUGACCGUCUGAUCAGCAACUCCUCCCGAGCAACUGUAUAUGAAAAUGGCACCCUGGACUUAACAAUCACCACAUCCAAGGACUAUGGUAUCUUUACUUGCAUAGCUGCUAAUGCUGCUGGGGAAUCUACGGCCUCUAUUGAGCUUUCAAUCAUUCAACUCCCCCAUCUGAGUAAUGGUACAAACCGAACCACGCAGUCUAAGUCAGGACUCUCAGACAUAACAAGCUCUACCAAGAUCAGUAAAGGAGAGCCAAAACCUCUCCCAGAAAAGGUGGUGUCUGUAUCAGAAGUGACAGCCAUCUCUGCUCUGGUCAAGUGGACUGUCAGCAAAUCAACUCCAAAGGUCAAAAUGUAUCAGCUUCAGUACAAUUGCUCUGAGGAUGAAGUUCUCAUUUACAGGAUGAUUCCAAUGAAUAACAGGGCAUUCAUAGUCACAAAUCUUGUUCCGGGGAUGCAGUAUGACCUGUGUGUCUUGGCUAUAUGGGAAGACAGUGCCACCGCCCUCACCGCCACCAACAUCGUCGGCUGUGUUCAGUUCAUCACCAGGGAGGACUACCCGCAGUGCACGUCUCUUCACAGCGGCUUCCUGGGUGGCACUAUGAUUCUGGUCAUCGGAGGCAUUAUUGUGGCCACACUGCUGGUGUUCAUUAUCAUCCUUAUGGUCCGCUACAAGGUGGCCAGUGGGAUCCAGACUAAUAAACUACCCACUGUGAGUAACACAUACUCACAGACCAACGGGGGGCUGAACAGGUUCAACGGCGCCCCGCCACAGGUCAAGUCCACAGUGGUGGUCAUGCGUGAGGAAAUGGUGGAGUUCAAGUGUGGAUCCCUGCAGAGCAGCCUCUCUUCAUCAUCGUCCUCCUCUAAUUCGUUAGACAGCCAAACGGGGAGAGGGGCCGGCGACCGCUACAGCAUGCAGGGCAGCGAAUGCAGCACCCUGCCCAGCAGCAAGUUCAGGAGGCACGGUGCCAAAGCACGGCCAAACCUGGAUAACCUUUUAGGAGCCUUCACCUCUCUGGAGCUGCGAGGAGCAGCAAGGGACAACCAAGGGGCUUCUGGCCCCUCUGCCACAUCCAAUACUAUGAUGACAGUGGCUGUGGCGCCACCAUCUGAUAAAGAACCCCUGCUUGGGAGGGCCGAGUCCACGACCAUGCUGGGACGUCUCCUAGGGCUGCCCCAGGAGUGCAAGCCCAAGAGGAGCCAUUCCUUUGACAUGGGUCAUGUAGGGGCAGCGCAGUGUCGCAGCAACUACCCUCGCAGGAUCAGUAACAUCUGGACUAAGCGCAGUCUGUCUGUUAAUGGCAUGCUGCUGCAGUACGAUGACAGUGAGGACGAGAAGCCCACUUUUGAGAGCUCCGAGUGGGUGAUGGAGAGCACAGUUUGAGCACAGACCAUCUGUGAAGUCUAUGGCAAAACAAUAAAUCUAUAUCUGAAACUAAAGCAACAUGAGUGUCGUGGAAGGGACGCUCCAAAGGGAAACUGUCCUUGGGUACCGCAUGAAGUUCACCCAUGCGAAUACAGUCUAAGCGAUGAUGUAAGAAAAGACGCUCACAUCGAUAGAUUCCUGGCCACGAUCUCAACUCUCUGACAGUGUCGACUGUAUUUGAAAAAUUUUCUCAUUUUGAAACAACUGUGGAAAGGCCCAUAUGGAAUGAUUACCAAUUCACAUGGCAUGUGAGAGUACCACUGAGAAAAUGGGGGGAAAAAAAAUGAGAAAUUCAAAGUGAAUUUACUAUGUCUUUAUCAAAAGUACUGAAUGCCAAGAGGAUCUGCCUCGACUGUGGUGAACUGGAUCACAUUGUUGUUGGACCCUCAGCAUGAAAUGGGACUACUGCAACAGCAGAGCUGGUGGAGCAAGUAGAAAAUUAAGAAAAAAAGUCAUUUUUAUUUUCAUUUGGGUUUUUCUAUCAUUUUUACUAUUUAUUAUUUGAGGUGAUUCAUCAGCAGGCAUCGACACAGCUCUGUUAUGAGGUUGUAGUUAUCGGUGAGGAUGGAAAACACACACAUACAGUGAGGCUUCAGCCUCUCAUACAGGCAUUUCAUAUACUUUCAGUCAAGUUUCAACAUGAUUCAUUUGAAAAAAAGAAAAGGAACAUUAAGGUCCUCUGCUGUAGGUAUUAGUAACAAUGAACCACAACAAGCCAGUCUUAUAUUUCUACCUCAGGUUAAGUAUCAUAUGAGGUAAUUUACAUAUGAAAGGAAAGGGAAAUACAACAAAGCCCAAGAUGAAUCACAAACAGCUUCAAACUCUCAAAAGUUCUAUGCUUGUUUUCAAAUGCUUCAAAGGACUUUAUAGUCUCCAGCCAGUCAAAUUCAGUAUGUUUCCAGCUCAGGUCCAAAUCCUGCUCUGACAAGAUUUCUCUUUGAAUGCUUUGAUACUCUCCCCAUUAGUUAGUGCUGGUGACAGUGGUCCCUGUAGGCUAAAGGGCCAUUGAUGUAAACAGAGUGUUCGCCUCAGGGUACCGUUUCUGAUACUAUCAGGACAUAUUACAGUAGCUGGAUGUGAAUGGUGUUUGAAAUCCAUCAAGCCCACUUAAUCAUUAGCCCAAAGCAGCCCACAGCAGGAUGUAUCAUUGGGCUGUGAUUCUCUUCAGGCAACGCAAGCAAGAGCAUAUGGCAAUUUCUCAUUUAGCCAUUUUAAAUGGAGAAAUGUGUCAUUUAUCAGCUUGAUAAAGGUCAUUAUGCUGCUUAGGAGAGGAGGAAAAAAGAGGAGAAAGAUAACUUAUAAACGGCCAAACAGCUAAAAACUUUGGAAAUGUGUUUCUCCAGAUGGCAUGAUGCUGAACCUUUUUGGUUUAUGUAUGAUAUGAAUCGAAUCAUCAGAGAAACCAUCUAUUCUCUUUCAUUCUCUUUCAUACAGGGCUGUACAUUGCAGUAAGAUACUUUGAAUACGACACUAUUCAGAUUACUGCCUACAAUCACCUGCAACAUCCCUACAUUUUAUGCCUUUCUUGAUAUUCUGUGGGUCUCUGCUGCAUUUCAAGAUGUGGGGUGGUCAUCAUUUUUUGUUCUUGUUUUCUUCUCUACAGUAGAUGUACCGUUCUGUAUAUUGGCAUUUUUUUUUUUUUUUUUUUUUUUUU